UUAACCACCUCCCAUCCGGCCGUUGUAUAUAAACAGCCGGAGGGUGGCAGUGCAGGGUCGGGUGGCCUUCCCGCCCCCUGCUUGUGCGCUCUCCCUGGGAGCGCGCAGCACCGCGAUCCGGUGCCCGCUGUAUCUUCCGGACACAGCGGAACACCGAUCAUCGUACGGGACCUCUGUGUGAGGUCCCCAUCAUGUGAUCACUGAUUGGCCAAUCAGUGAUCACAUGCAGAGUAGUAAGCAUGAUGUCACUUCUGACAUCAUUACUUACUACGUGUGAAAUCUGUGAAUGAUCACCGAUAUCACAUGGUACAGGGCUAUUCACAACAGCCUUGUACCAUGUGACAACGCUGUGACCAAUCACAGCUCUCACAGUA